AUGAUCUCUGAAAAUGGGUUGCUAAGUGAACAAAAUUCUGGUUAUACAUCGAGGCGAUACGCAGCGGUUCCGAGGGUUAUCAAACAACCUAUGUGCUUUAUUGGUUCUAUUGAGGGCCUAUUGUGGCGUCAGACUUCGAUGAAGCGUAAUGUUUACUGGCUACGGAAACAACCACGUCGAUUUGUAACGCUGUCUGAGAAAUCGUUCCGUUUAUAUUCAAUCGAUGACGUGGAACCAACUUUAGUUACUUCGUUGCCAGCCCAUUUUAAUCAAUUUCCUGAAGAGGAUACACUGAGAUGUUGUGACGUUUGCACGGCUGUUGACGACUUCUUGGCAUUGGGGUACUCAAGCGGAAGAAUAGUAAUAACAAAAACUGGUAUUGAUGAAAACAUUAAAACAUUCCAAAAUGUGGUUGAUCUGACGUCAGAUACCUCUGCUCCACCGUUAUGCCUAGAGUUCAAUCCGUCUUCCAGGAUUCAUCUGGUAGCAUGUUUGGAAAGGACAGUUACUCAAAGCAGUCUGGUAUGUGUAUACGAAGCAAAUCGGCCAAGACUUCAUACUCUAGUGGUAAACGCAGACGAACAACUGUCUUGUGCUACUUGGUUUCAAGAUGACUGGUGUAUUUUCGUUGCUGGUGGAGGUAAAAGUAUAAAAUUUUUUGAUAUUCGGGAAGGCCCAAAAGCUAUUGCGUCAACUGAAGUUGAAGGAACAGUUUGUGCGUUGCGAACAGAUUUCUGGAAGAAGACACAGUUUGCUGCUGUUGUUGGUGAUACAAUAAACAUAUAUGACCGUAGAGGACUUGACCAUCCCCUGAAUAGUGCUGCUGACGACAUUGUUCUCAAGUGUUGUUUCCGGAGUCCAUUCUUCAUGACUUAUUCGUGGCGUGGUGCUGAUUCACUCACUGAAGUACUUUAUCCAGUUGGGGAACAGAUGACAAGAAGGGAGCGUCGCGAAGGCUCAAAAUCAGAAUCACCAUCUUCAAUCAUAAAGGUUUUUGCUGCUCAGACGAGCACUGAAGGGUGCAUCGCUAAUGGCAAACAAGGAAAAAAUUUAUUGGAAGAGAGGUUCAGCCUCGAUUCGUUUGAUGUUUCAGAGCUUCAUUAUGAAUAUUUUCGACAGUUGAAUGAUUUCUCCAGGAUAUCAGAUUUUGCCUAUAAUCCUGAAUCACCAAGUUUAAUGGUUCUGUGUUCAUCUGAUGAAACUGACGACUGCUCUGAUAUAAGAAUUCUUAGGAUAAAAAAUUUUUUGACGGGAGUCUUUUCUUGCUGCGGCAGUUUGGCAUUCGCUUGUGACAACGAACUCUGCGUUUACAAUUUGGGAGAAGUGUGCGACGAUGACAUUUCGAAUGUUAUGCGAUCUCGUGCGUUAGCCAAUUAUGGGACACCACUAACACAGACGAUUGAAGGGUAUGUUGAUGCGUGCAAGGCUGUUGCUGAUAAAUCACCUUUUACAUCGGACGAUGUAAAAUGGGUUUGGAGGUGGCUUUCUAAAAUGAUUAACAGCGAAUCGUCAAAAUCUGAUCUUUACGGUUGUUUCUUUCCUGGUGUGAUUCGUAUGAUGAGGCCAAGUUUCAAUCAAGAUAGUUCAUCGUUUGGAACAAUUCGUCAUAUCAUUCAGGACGAUUUUUACGGGAGAGUUCGAAUCCAUAAAGGGGGAUCUCGAAGUCAAAUUCUUCGCCUUUGCGGUUGGCCAAACUUUGAUGAAAGCGACGUUAGAAUUCGUGAAUUUUUGGGCUCUGUAGACUCAAAACAUGUAAAUGAAUUCUACUCGUUUUCAAAGAACAUGAUAUUACGGGUGAUUUUUAAGAACAUGAAAAAACUACUUAUGAAAUGCAAGGGAGAAAACGAUGUUCGCAGAUUUGAACUUGAGAGGUUUGUGGAUGCGAUACACCGGUAUAAUGGUCUACCAGAUUCAUGGUUACCUAUUUCUCAGAGAGUUAAGGACGUUAUUCGGGACCCAUAUUUGAAAAUGGUCAUUGCAUUUUUGGAUAGUUUAUGCAACGCUAUGACGUCAAAUAUUUCAAUACUCAAAAUUGACGGUAUAUCAGUGGAAGAUCGCGUUGGUUUUGCAUGCCUUUAUUUUAACGACGCAAUGUUUAUUGAGUCGUUAAACGCCGCCCUUACUGAAAGCAGUUUACGUAGCAGUUUACAAGGCUUGUUUAUUUGCGGUCUUUCAAGGGACCUCAGUUCAUUUCGACUCCUUCGAAGAUUUGUCGAUGAGACAGGUGAUGUUCAAACCGCUACACUAUUGUACAUUGUUGGCCACUGCUACGAGCAGACAUCAUCUCCUAAUACACCUGUCUCUCCGUCAGGAACUUUGGCAUUUAACGAGGCUAAAUUUUUUCCUGCGCACUCAUACUCCGAGCAAUAUGAUGCAGCCCAUCGAGAGGCACUGCAAGAUGAGGAAUGGGCUGGACUGCAUAUUGUGGAAGAUUAUUUGGAUAUGUUGAACAUUUGGGGCUUGUGGAAAAAACGAGCAAGGUUGAAUGUCUUUCUCCAGUGGUACUCUGUUGAAACUGCAAAGACGCCGGAUAAGGAUAGAGGCACCUCAACGGCUGAGUUGUGCUGUCAAUUUUGCCCUUGCCCAAUUGGUCCAACAAGUGUGAGCAGUCCAGAGCUUACUGUUUCAGAUGUUUUUGUAUCGUCACGUUCGACGAGGCAGUCCAAUCUCUCGAGCGGGAGCACUUGUGGAGAGGUGCGAGAACAAGCUUGUCGUCAGUGCGGGAAACCAUUACCGAGAUGUAUUAUAUGCAGGCGUAGAAUGGGAACUGAAACGAUUUUGGAAUGUUCUCAGUUAAAGUCACUGUCGUUUUGGUUUACUUGGUGUCAGAAGUGUAGACAUGGUGGUCAUAUGGUACAUAUGAUUCAGUGGUUUCGUGCUCAUGAUGAGUGUGCGGCGAGUGACUGCCCCUGCCAGUGUAGGCUUGCAGAUGCUGACUAUAUAACAUAUCACGAGCCCUGCUUACCAGACUGUCCGUCGUGCAAGAAUGAAGGUCUUGUUGGCGUUUCGCAAAGGUUGUAA